ACGGACCUCCGACUGGGGAGGGCUCCAAGGGGAGGCCGGGGAACCACAAACAGCAGGCCGGAAGAGAACCUGUCUCUGCCCUCCCUUUGCAACAGCUCGGCGCUUCAGAGCCCAGUGCAAGUGGGGGCAGGGGGCUGGUUAGUUAGCUGCUUAGUUCAAGCUUCUCGCUCCUGGACUCGGAUUUCUGCUGACAGCCCCAAUCCGGCUGGCGGGACUGGAUCUGGGGUGUGCACCAGGGGUGGACCACUGCCCAGUGCUGCCCUCUCAGGCCUGCUGCGAGGGGCACCGGGACCCUGCUGGAUCCAGGCUAACCGCCUGGGUUAACUGCUGAGGCUAACCGCUAAGGGAGUUGUCCUGGCACCUCAGAUCCUGGCUGGGAAAGGCAAGUCCGGCCAGUGGGGGGCAGGGCCAGGGCUCCUGGAAUCUGGAUCUGCAGGCCGAGUUGGAGGUGCUCCAUUCCCAUGUCGCCUGGAGAAAAACUAGACCCACUUCCUGACCCUUUCAUCCUGCAGCCGCCCAUCUUCCACCCGGUGGUUCCUUAUGUUGCGACAAUUUUCGGUGGCCUGCGUGCGGGCAAGAUGGUCAUGCUACAGGGAGUGGUCCCUCUAGAGGCACGCAGGUUCCAGGUAGACUUCCAGUGCGGCUGCAGCGUGCACCCCCGGCCGGAUAUCGCCGUCCACUUCAACCCUCGCUUCCACACCACCAAGCCCCACGUCAUCUGCAACACCCUGCACUCAGGGCGCUGGGAGGCCGAGGCCCGGUGGCCCCGCGUGCCCCUGCAGAGAGGAGCCCCUUUCCGCCUCCUCUUUCUCUUUGGAAAUGAGGACAUGAAGGUGAGUGUGAAUGGACAACACUUUCUCCACUACCGCUACCGGCUCCCGCUGUCCCGUGUAGACACCCUGGGCAUAUUUGGUGACAUCCUGGUGGAGGCUAUUGGAUUCCUGAACAUCAGCCCAUUUGCGGAGGGCGGCAGCGAGUACCCAGUUGGAUACCCCUUCCUGCUGAAGAGCCCCAGCCUGGAGGUGCCCUGCUCGCGUGCCCUUCCCCGGGGUCUCUGGCCCGGACAGGUCAUCGUGCUGCGGGGGCUGGUCUUGCCGGAGCCCAAGGACUUGAACUGGACAGAGGAAGUCGGAGUUGGAAGGCACAGAAUUCGUCCGCAUGAAAAAUCUGUCCUUCUCUCUCCGUCCAUCCCCAUAGCACAGCUUCACACUGAGCCUGCAGGACGAGGCCGCUCACGUGCCCGUGAUGCUCCGGGCUUCCUUCGCAGACAGAACUCUGGCCUGGAUCUCGCGCUGGGGGUGCAAGAAGCUGAUCUCAGCCCCCUUCCUCUUCUAUCCACAGCGAUUCUUCGAGGUGCUGCUCCUGUGCCAGGAGGGAGGGCUGAAGCUGGCGCUCAACGGGCAGGGCCUGGGCACCACCAGCCUCCAGCGGCAGACCCUGGAGCGACUGCGGGAGCUCCGGGUCAGUGGCAGUGUCCAGCUCUACUGCGUCCACUGCUGAGGAGUGAGCCGGGGACCCCGCCAGGGAAGGGGAGGGCCAUGCCCGGCACCCCUUGAUGUAGCUCCACUCUCCACCCUUCCUUGAACUGUGUGCCUGUCACCACCACCAGAGUCUGCAGGGGCUUUGGGUCCCACAGCAGAGGGAAGGCUCCUCCAACUCGGGGCCCCCUCCCCCAGGAGCCCGGGACUUGGUUCUCUCCUCCUGCAGGCCCUAGACAGGGGGGAGCGGGAGCAGCCUCAUAAGGACACUCAAAGGUACGGUGGCUAAGGGGCACCCGGGUGGCUCCGUCAGUGAAGCAUCCAACUCUUGAUUUCAGUUCAGGUCAGGAUCUCAAGGUCAUGAGAUCGAGCCCCACGACAGGCUCUGCACUCAGCAGGGAGCCUGAGAGUCUCUCUCUCCCUCUCCUUCUGCCUGCCCGCUCUGCCCUGCUCAAGCUCUCUCUCUCAAAUAAAUAAAAUCUUUAAAAAGAA